AAGCGUGAAAGAGGACGCGCCGUUCUCUGAGUUCAAAAGCGUUCAUCUGAAAGCUUGCUUUCCUUUCCUUGUCGUCCGUACACUCACUUGGACCUCUUCUCUUCGCUCAGUUCAGCUUGGUACUCUCUGUUGAUCGGCGAAGAUGCACUCGGGCCACUUGCUUCUUGAGGAGCCCAUCAGGAUGGCUUCAAUCCUCGAGCCAUCCAAGGCAAGUUUCUUCCCUGCGAUGACGAAGAUCGUGGGGACUCUCGGCCCCAAGUCUCGCUCCGUCGAGAUCAUCUCGGGCUGCCUCAAGGCUGGAAUGUCCGUUGCUAGAUUUGACUUCUCCUGGGGAGACCCAGCAUAUCACCAGGAGACCCUCGAGAACCUGAAGGCUGCGAUCAAGAGCACCAAGAAUCUCUGCGCGGUUAUGCUGGACACGGUGGGCCCUGAACUGCAGGUCAUCAACAAAAGUGGGAAUUCUAUUUCAUUGCAGGCUGAUGCUUUUGUUGUUUUGACUCCCGACCAAGAGAAAGAAGCUUCUUCGGAGUUACUGCCUAUCAAUUUUGAUGGGCUUUCGAAGGCAGUGAAGAAUGGAGACACCAUCUUUGUUGGUCAAUAUUUAUUCACUGGAAGUGAAACUACAUCUGUAUGGCUCGAGGUCUCUGAAGUGAAGGGGGAAGAUGUAGUUUGUGUAAUCAAGAAUUCUGCUACAUUGGCUGGGUCAUUGUUCACAUUACAUGCCUCUCAAAUUCAUAUUGAUCUACCAACCCUUUCUGAUAAAGACAAGGAGGUAAUAAGCAGUUGGGGAGUCCAAAACAAAAUUGACUUCCUCUCAUUAUCAUAUACCAGGCAUGCUGAAGAUGUUCGCCAUGCACGUGAAUUUCUUUCCAAAUUAGGUGAUCUUAGUCAGACUCAAAUUUUUGCAAAGAUCGAAAAUAUUGAGGGUUUAAAUCAUUUCGAUGAAAUCCUAGAAGAAGCGGAUGGUAUCAUUCUUUCACGUGGAAAUUUGGGCAUAGAUCUUCCGACGGAGAAGGUGUUUUUAUUUCAAAAGGCUGCUCUAUACAAAUGCAACAUGGCUGGUAAGCCUGCAGUGGUUACUCGUGUUGUGGACAGUAUGACAGAUAACCUGAGGCCAACUCGUGCGGAAGCCACAGAUGUUGCUAAUGCUGUAUUGGAUGGAUCUGAUGCAAUUCUUCUUGGUGCUGAAACUCUGCGUGGAUUGUACCCUAUUGAGACUAUAUCGAUCGUUGGUAAAAUUUGUGCAGAGGCUGAGAAGGUGUUCAACCAAGAUUUAUAUUUCAAGAAGACGAUCAAAUAUGUUGGUGAACCUAUGUCCCAUUUGGAGUCUAUUGCUUCCUCUGCGGUUCGAGCAGCCAUUAAGGUGAAGGCAUCCGCAAUCAUAUGCUUUACUUCAUCUGGGAGGGCUGCUAGAUUGAUAGCCAAAUACCGUCCAACAAUGCCUGUUUUAUCCGUUGUCAUCCCCCACCUUAAGACAAACCAACUGAAGUGGAGCUUUAGUGGUGCCUUUGAGAACACAUCCUCCGAUUUGUUUCAGAAUACAUGCACACCUUUGCCUUCAAAUUUGCAAACAAAUUUUCCGCAGGCAAGGCAAUCACUCAUAGUUAGGGGCCUCUUCCCCAUGCUCGCUGAUCCUCAACAUCCAGCUGAGUCCAUGAGUGCGACAAAUGAAUCUGUCCUGAAGGUCGCACUUGAUCAUGGGAAGGCUUCUGGGAUCAUAAAGUCACACGAUCGAGUCGUGGUCUGUCAGAAAGUCGGAGAUGCUUCUGUGGUCAAGAUAAUUGAGCUUGAGGACUGAUGGACGCAUACAUGCUCUGAUCAGCUUAAAGAGUCCGAACUUACUGAGAUUUUUUGUGGAUGCCAAUUUUGAGGAGCUGCAUGUAUUAUUUUGGAUUUUGCCUUGGGAGCACUGUAACUUCAAACAUUUUUCGGAUACAUGUCUUCACAUUGGAGUGCUAUCGAGGAUGAGUCCCUAGACCAGAAGGGAAUUUUAGUUGGAAUCUAUUUUGAGUCUUGAGUUAUC